AGCGGCCAGACGGCAUGGAGUGAUCCGGAGGAUGUUGGAGCAAAGCUGGGAGCAGUGAAGAGACACACCGUCACGCACACUCUCUCUCACACACACACACACGGAUUCUUCACAUACACUACGUAUGAUACGAGGCGUGCGCAAAGACGGUGCGGGAUGAGCAGCACAUUUGUCACAUUGGCGGAAGUGUUGGAGGCCCGAGGGGGCCCUCUAGUGGAGGAGGAGGUGUGGUCGCUGCUGAUGGGCACUGCAGAGUCCCUCGUGGAUGUGUCCUACAGGGGUAACAACAGCAUCUACAACAUCAUCAGCCCCAGCUCCUUGUUGCUCUCCGCCACGGGUACCCUGGCGUUCAAGAACUGUGCGCUGUCCGAUGAGGUAUCAACUUUCACCGCUCCGGAGAUGCUGCAGGGCCGUGCCAGCUCAGCCAAGCCUGCCAUAGAGCGGAUGCUGGUGUACUCCCUGGGAAUGACUCUGUACUGGUCAGUCGACUAUCACCUACCUCAGAACCAGCCUGUUCAGUUGAGUGACAACCUGAACGGCCUCCUUCUGAGCAUGUGCGAGGACCUGGUCCACCGCAGGUUGAACUUGAACUCCAUCCUGGAGGCCUGUGAGUCUCAGAACAAGACCACACUCCUGCCCCCUCCCUCCAAAGUCAUCCGUCAGCUGGUGGAUGAGGUCCUUCACGAGUCGCUGGACCACGGCUCUCUCUCGGACAGCAACGUCCCUCUGAGCGGCAGGAGCCAGAUGAUCAGAGAGCGUCUUCACGGGCGGAGGGGGCAGUUUGCUGAUUUCAGCGACGGCUCUGCGGCAGAAGGGAGAAGAUACUCAACAGACUCUGACUCAAAGUCAGGGAGUCUACCCCCGCGACCCUGGAGGCACAGACCCAGGAGCUCCCCCAUCCCUCUGUACCCCUCUUCUUUAGACAGGUUCCCUCGUGGCGUCCGUCACCGGGACAGCACCAGCAGCUGGCUCUGUCGUAGCCCCCAUCAGGACACGUCCCCCAAGGCUUCGGUCCGAACACACAGUCCCUCCAUCACCUUCAGCGAGUCCUCGCUCAGCCUCAACCAGAGGAAGGCCAAGGCGCUGGGUCCAGAGUUCCUCAGGAUGACGGACGACCAACAACAGACGGUUCUAGAGCUGCCGGGAUCCAUCGUGUCCAAGAAGGGCCGCUCGUGCGCGUCCCAGCGGGAGGUGAAUGUGACGCUGCCUAGCGCCCAGUGUGUAGUGGUCCGCUGCGACCUUAAGUCCAGGGCCAGGGAUGUGUUUGACAUGGUGGUGGCCCAUGCAAACCUGGUGGAGCACUUCUACUUUGGCCUUGCCUUCCUAGAUGAUGAUGAAUAUUUUUUUUUGGAUCACGAGAUCAAAAUAUCGAAAGUCGCCCCAGAGUAUUGGAAGAAAAUGCCGUUGUCCACCUUUGCAUUGUUUUUACGAGUGAAAUUCUAUGUGGACGAUAUCUCCUUCGUUUUACACAGACUGACUCGUCACCAGUACUUCCUGCAGAUGAGGAAGGACAUCCUGGAAGACAGGCUGCACUGUAACGAGGAGACGGGCAUGUUCCUGGCGGCUCUCGCCCUGCAGGCCGAGUUUGGGGAUUACAUGCCAGAGCUGUACGGUAAGAGCUACUACCAACCAGAGCACUACGUCUCUAAGAGGAUGCUGGAGACGAUGGCUCUGCCCACGCUGAAGGAGGAGCUACCGCGGCUCCACGCUCGCCACGCCCAGAUGCUGCACGAGGAGGCCGAGAUCGAGUACCUCAAGAUCAGCCAGCAGCUGCCUGAGUACGGGGUGAUGUUCUACCGGGUGGGCCGGGAGAAGAGGCCGGUGGUGGGAGAGCUGAUGUUGGGCAUCUGCGCCAAGGGGAUCGUCCUCUACGAGACCAAGAACCACAUCCGCACGGUCACCAGGCGAUUCCUCUGGCGGGAGACGGACUCCAUCUCCACAGGGCGGCGGAAGCUGACCCUAGAGUGUGGCGGACCCAGCGGGAAGAAGCACAGCUUUGUGACGGAGAGCUCCAAGAUAGCCCAGUACCUGCUGAACCUCUGCUCCGCACAGCACAAGUUCCACAGCGAGAUGGCGUCCAGACAGCUCAACCACAGCGCCGUGCAAGAGGAGAGCAUGGAGAAGUACGCGGACGCGGUGUGCCGCCUGCGUAACAGCGAGCUGAAGCGCAUCUCGUGCUCAGAGGGCAUGCUGAACAUGGUGGGGCUGGCGGCCGGCCAGCAGGACGCCCUGUCCAAGUCCUGCGACAACCUGACAGCCAAGCUGGAGGCCCGGCUGCGGCGGCAGAGGGAGCUGCGCAGGGAGAUGAGCCGGGAGAUGGUGAUGUCCGGGAGCAACAAGGAGCUCUCGGAGGCCGAAGACCCCCGGGAGGCCCGGGAGAGACAGGGCUGCACCAGCUCGGCAGAUGUCUUUCCCAGAUGGAUGUCCAGUGUCUCUCUCCAGAAGCAGGACUCCUCUUCCUCCAUACGAUUCGACACUCCGCCCAGAACCCCACCAGAGAGAGAGAUCAUCUGCGUGACCAUAAAGAAAGAUCCCAAAUUAGGCUUCGGGUUCGUGAUCGUGGGAGAGGACAACACCGGUCGACUGGACUUGGGGAUCUUCAUCGCCUCCAUCGUUCCCGAGGGCCCAGCGGAUAAGGACGGCAGAAUCCGACCAGGGGGGCGUCUGAUCUCUCUGAAUAAGACCAGUCUGGAGGGGGUGACGUUCAGCGACGCCGCCGCCAUCCUGCAGUCCAGCCCUGACGAGGUGGAGCUCAUCGUGUCCCAGCCCAAACUAUCCCUGAAGGACAGUAAGAGCUUCCUGACCCAGAGUAACCUGGGGCUGGCCCUGGAGAAAGGCUUCGGCUCCCAGACCACCCUGAACAGCACCGAGUUCAGACCGGCCAUGGAGGAGCUGGAGGAGGCCCUGGCCCUGGCCAACAUGGCCACCCCCAAGCUGGGCCGGCGGCUCCACGUCCCCGUGGUGCGCAUACUGGACGCCCAGGACCCCUGUUCCAGAUCUCCCUCCAUCUGCAGUCUCAAAAUGGGGGAGCAGCUAAUCGUGGAGCUAAAGAAGAACGAUGGUAGCCUUGGCAUAAGUGUGGCUGGCGGGAUAAACACCAACGUGCGUUUUGGAGGGAUCUACAUCAAGACUCUGGUGUCGGGCGGCGCGGCAGAGCUGGACGCCAGAAUCCAAAUAGGGGACAGACUGCUGGAGGUUGAUGGUUUCAACCUGAGGGGCGUGACUCAUCGACAGGCUGUGGAGUGCCUGAAGAGGACUGGAGAGGUGGUGAGUCUGCUUUUGGAGAGAGAGCCCAUGGUGGUUCUGGAUACCAGGUCUGAAUCGCCCUGCCCCCCCCUGGCCCACAGCCAAUCACUGGCCAUGAAGAUCGACGUCCCCAUGGAAACGACCUUGAGUGGCAAGCCCAAGGACUACAGCUUUGUAACCGAUGAGAACAGCCACGAGGUGGUCCUGAAGAAGAGCCCGUGCGGCCUGGGCUUCAGCUUCUUCAUCACCCAGCCGCCGGGCGGAGUCAGCCUGGUGCGCGUCAAGAGGCUGUUCCCGGGGCAACCGGCCCACGACAGCGGCCUGCUGAGGGAGGGGGACGUCCUGCUGGCCGUCAACGGGGACCGCGUCAGGGGCCUCUCGUACCAGAGGGUUUUGUUCCUGCUCCGCGGAGCUCCUUCAGACGUCCAGCUGCUCAUCUGUAGACCGACCGCAGGGGAGCUCACCGAGAUGGACGAUAACACACUGAGCCCCCGGCCGGGCCGGGAGGUCCGCUCCAAGUCCCUGGACCUGCGGCUGGGGGAGGACAACUACAGCCAGCUCCUGCGCUUCCAGUUCGAGCACGGGCUGGGCCCGCGGCCCGGGGGCCCCCCCCAGGGCCCCCCCCAGGGCCCCCAGGAGUCGGUGUCGGCCGCCGACCUGACGGGCACCAAGACCCCCGACCCGCCCCCCUCCGGGGAGUCGGCCCCCCAGCAGAGCCAGGACAGCCUGGACAGCCUGCAGAGCCUGGUCAGCGACCCCUGCCCCGAGCCCCCCGCCGCCACGCCCCCCCCCUCCCCGCCGCACCCCGCCGCCGCCCCGCAGCCCGCCUCCCCGCCCACGCCCCCCUCCCCCGUCUCCCCCCCCUCCCCGGCCUCCCCCGCCUCGCCCAGCGCCCCCACCGCCCGCCGCUUCCCCCUGCCCCCGCCCGGCCCGCUGUGGGACGGCCGGCCGAGGACGGAGGCGGCGGGGGGAGGGGCGAAGGAGCACGGGGGGGACGGGGCGCCGGAGGGGCGGGGCCGGGCCCCCCGGCCGGGGGCGGAGCUUCUGGAGAGGGGCGGCGCCCGGAAGGCUCCCAAGCCCAUGUACACCAGCGGAAUCCGGGAGGAUGCGGACGGAGGCAUGACCUACUGCAUGAUGGGUAACGGGCUGACCAUCCUGGCGGACGAAGAGUACCUCACCAUCAGCUCCACGGUCGACCCCGCCCGCGACCCCGCCCGCGGCCACGCCCCGCUGGCCGCCCAGACCCCCAGCCCCCCCCCUCUGAUCCCCCACACGCCCGCGGCCAACGCUAACUCCAGCGCCCCCCCCAGCCACCUGGCGACCGUGUUCAGCCGCUACAGCCUCCACCACCCGGCGCACCACCUCCCCCCCCCCAGCACCACCCCGGGGGUCCCGGCCGCUCCACCGGCCCCCGCCGGCAUCCUGACCAGCAGCUCCCAGGGGCACCCCUCCCCCCAGGGCCGCUCGGCCCCGCAGCCCAAGGCCCCCCAGUACCCCCAGAGGGACCCCCACCCCAACGCCGCUCUGAGGGGCGGCUGCCGGUCCCUGGGGGCCCCGGCCCACCCCCCGGCCCAGCCGCCGCCGCCGCCAACACCCCCAAAGACCCUGCUGCCCCCCCCGGCGCCCAUCACCACCCAGGUGCUGCCCACGGCGCGGUCCCCCGUGCUGCUCAGCCCUGACGUGCUGGUCAGCCUCAUGCCCAAGGAGGUGUCCCCCGAGUGGAGCAUCAAGCAGUACAACGACUACACCUUCGCAGACUACGGAGAGAACGACGAAGAGGACGAUGACCCUCGAGAGGGGCUGAACAAGGAGUUUGAGCUGUCGGUGGAGCUGACUAAGUCCAGGAACGGGAGCUUUGGGUUCACCAUCGCCCGCAGCAAGCUGGACAACAGCUACUACGUCCAGGACAUCCUGGACAACCCGGCCCGGGCCGACGGGCGCCUCCGGUCUGGGGACCGGCUCGUCACGGUCAACGGCCACGAUGUGACCCGCGUGGCGGACGAGCUCGCUAUGACCAUCCUGCGGUCGUCUCCGCGCCACCUGAGCAUGACCCUGGGGAGGGCCGUGAGCAACCUGGUGGCCCCCCCGUCCUGCGACAGCCUGCCGGACAUCGUCCUGCACAAGACCCCCUCGGGGCAGCUGGGCAUCAAGCUGACCGGGGGCAUUGGCAGCCGAUGGCAGGGGAUCUACUGCCUGGAGGUGGUGCCCGGCUCGCCCGCCAGCGAGGAGGGCAGCGUCCAGCCCAACGACAAGAUCGUCUACAUCUGCGGCCGCUGCACCCUGGGGAUGAGCCUGGAGGACGCCGUCAAGGCCUGCGAGAUCGCACCGCGCAAGGUCAAGCUCAAGGUCAUCAGAGAAGACCAUCCAGUGACUCCCAAGGCAAAGUGGAACGGCCUUUUUGAUUGGAAGAAAGACAGGAAGUUCUUUGCUCGUUUUGAGGACCCAAACUCUCCAGAGAAAGAAGCUUCCACUGUAGAAACCGAUUGUAAAACCGCGGGGAAGUUCACCUCGCGCCUCUCUCUCCCCUCAGACCGCGAUAGUUGCAUCAUGCAGCUGGACUUCACCAAGCCCGAGAACAGCGGGCUGGGCUUCGCUCUGAUUGGUGGAGCCAACGGCAGCGUGCUGCGGGUGAAGGAGAUCUGCACUGGGGGUCUGGCGGAGCAGGACGGGCGACUGCGGGUGGGGGACAUCCUGUUGGAGGUGAACGGCGUCAUCGUCUCGGGGCUGAGCCACGGGAAGGUGGUGGACAUCCUGCGGCGGGCGGAGGGCGUGGUCCAGCUCACCAUCUGCCGCGACUUCCUGUCGGCGGCGCACCCCAGAGCCCCGCCCCCGGCGGCCGGCAGGACCCUCAGCCUCGGCCCCGUGUGGACCGACCCCGCCCCGGACCCCUGCGGCUCCCCGGAGGCCGCGCCCGGCAAGCCCGUGGAGCAUCCUCCCGAAGCAGUAGCCAACCCAACCGUAGAGGUGGGUGUUUUUGCCGCCGCUAACCCAUAUCCUAUACAUCGGCUGGCUGUUGUAAGAGAUGAGAACGCCAUCGACCAGGAGAGCUGUAACAGCAGCCCGUCCCACCCGGCCUGCUGCCCGUCCCUCAGCGUCUCUGACAUGCUGCACGGAGCCUCCGACAGGAAACAAUUUGUGACCACGCUAUUGGAGCAGCACCCUAAGUGCAUCAGAAUCAACCAAUCGGAUGGCUGGAGCAGUGACGAAGAAGACGAGGAUGCCGUGCAACUCAACCGACAGGAAAUGACAUCAGUCCCUACAGGGCCACCCAUAGUGUCGGAGGGGGAGCUGGCCAGUCUAGCGCUGAUCACCCCGUCCAAGAGCAGCCGGUACUACGGCUCCCGGGUCAAAGCCCUGAUCCAGAUCCUGCAGAACCAGCUGGACCAGGAGGAGCUGGUGAAGGAGUUCAUGGCUCUGGAGCAUCUGAAGCCCUCCGACAACUGUCUGGUGGGCAAGGCCCCCGAGAACCGAGACAAGAACCGAUACAGAGACAUUCUGCCCUACGACAAGACACGCGUGGCUCUGGGCGAGGCCCGGGACUACAUCAACGCCAGCUACGUCCGCAUGGCGGUGGGCCCGGAGGAGUUCCAGUACAUCUCCUGCCAGGGCCCGCUGCCCGCCACCGCCCGCGCCUUCUGGCAGAUGGUCUGGGAGAACAAGUCCGACGUGGUGGCCAUGAUGACGCAGGAGGUGGAGCGGGGACGCAUCAAGUGCCACAAGUACUGGCCCGAGACGCCGAGCCAGGCGCUGGAGGAAGGCCGCUUCCAGCUGCAUCUGGUCAACCAGCAGAGCCUCGACUACUUCCACAUCAAGGUCAUACGCAUGGAGGAGACACAGACCGGGGCGACACACGUUGUCCGCCACCUGAAGUUCACCCACUGGCCGGACCACGGCGUGCCGCACAGCUCGGAGCAGCUGGUGCGCUUCAUCCGGUACCUGCGGGCCGUGCACCGCAGCGGGCCGCUCACCGUGCACUGCAGCGCGGGCAUCGGACGCACGGGCGUGCUCAUCUGCACCGACGUCAUCCUCAGCCUCAUCGAGAACGACCUGCCGAUUAAUGUGGGGGACAUUGUGAGGGAGAUGAGGCUUCAGCGGUACGGGAUGAUACAGACAAAGGAACAGUACCUCUUCUGCUACAAGGUCUGGCUGGAUGUUUUGCAGGGAAUCCUGCGUCUUCAUGGUAACCAAUGGCAACCAGACGCUCCUCUAGAGAUCCAAAUGGUCUGAACCGCUCCACUUUGGGCUCCGUGAAGGACAGACUCUGUGAGACAAUGUACAUUUCUUUCCUAACAGGUGUCGUUAGAUACACUGAAACCAUUUGCCUGCGAGGGUUAAGUUAACUUUGUUGAUCGCUGUUCUGUUUUGAUAUCUUUGCGCUAAGGCCUGUUUUUAUAGGAAUAUUAUCAGGAGGGACAGAGGCAGGAAGAGGAAGAUGAAUGGACGGCUUUCAUUUCAUUUCUUUCUUGUUGUUUGGCGUUGCCCCAUUCCAGUACACCCUCCUACCACCAUAUUGACACGUUCGGAUAGGGCAAGCUUCUCACCGUCGACCAUUUGCCUUCAGUGUGAAGCGUUUUUUUUUUAAUGUUCGUAGCACAAGAAUCUUUUUGAUCUUUCAUCGUCACUGUUCAUGUUGGGAUACGCGUUUGUUUUUUAACAACAUCCACAGCUGUGUUCCUUGAAGCAAAACAGUUGUGUUAGGCACACUAGUUAGUUACAA